CAGACGAGACCAGUUAACAACGCCAUUCGAGAUCGCGAGGGAGAUUUGUAAACGAAAAAGUGAAAUUCGCCUCGCAAAUAUGCUGAAACUUAGCUGUGCCGUGGCUAUCAUUGCGAUAACUCUGCUGGAAAGUGCCCAGGCUCAACGACCCUCAUUUGCCGGAGUGAGACCACCAGGCGGACUCAGCCAGAAGGACAAGUAUCAUGCUCCCCAGAACACCGCCGUGGAGAAUAUCACCGGAGUGGACAUAAACACCAGGUUCGGAGAGCCCUCUAGUUCGCAGCAGCCUGCCCUGGUCAACCUGCCCUUCGGAGCUGCGCAGAGGCCGCCCAUGGGAGUUCCUCUAGUACUGCCCACCGGUGGAUUCGAUUCGAGCUUGAGUCAGCCAGCUCCCUCAGCUACGCCCGAUGUGGCCAACCGUUUUGGAGCACCAGAUUCGAGCUCAACAGCGGGAUCAGCGAUUCCGGCUACUAGUCCCACCUUUAGUGUUAGCACUCCAGUCGCAAUCAAUUCUGCCGCCAGCAUUCUCGUUCCCAGCGUUCCCUCCGCCAACAUUCCCCUCGCCAGCACUCCCUUCGCCACCUCUCCAAAUCCAGUCACCACCAUUGGAAGCACCGCGACUCCCAGCAGACUCCCCAUCGAUGCCCACGGGGAUCAGGAGUGGGUGAACCAUCUGAGUUCCCUGCCCGUGGAGAACCAGCCCUUCUGGUUCGUCAACUAUCAGGCCAUCGAGGCACUCCGGAAUAGCUCGAGACCCAAUGUGGGCGCCUUGGAGACGCGAGGAUCUUUCUUCGGCGGCUAAGAACUUGAAUGGGAAUUCUCGGAAAUCCCAAUCCCAACCUUAAUGUACAGCUAUUAUUUAUUUAAAUAUUUUAUUUUUGGAA